AUGAGCUUUACCCUCCACUCGGUUUUCUUCACCCUAAAGGUGAGCAUCUUCCUGGGCUCCCUGGUUGGGCUCUGCCUGGGUCUGGAGUUCAUGGGUCUCCCCAACCAGUGGGCCCGCUACCUGCGCUGGGAUGCAAGCACGCGCAGUGACCUGAGCUUCCAGUUCAAGACCAACGUAUCCACUGGGCUGCUCCUGUAUCUGGAUGAUGGUGGUGUCUGUGACUUCCUCUGCCUCUCUCUGGUGGAUGGCCGAGUUCAGCUCCGCUUUAGCAUGGACUGCGCUGAGACAGCCGUGUUGUCCAACAAGCAGGUGAACGACAGCAGCUGGCACUUCCUCAUGGUGAGCCGUGACCGCCUGCGCACUGGGCUGGUGAUUGAUGGCGAGGGCCAGUCUGGGGAGCUACAACCUCAGAGGCCCUACAUGGAUGUGGUCAGCGACUUGUUCCUCGGUGGCGUCCCUGCUGACAUCCGACCUUCUGCCCUGACCCUCGAUGGAGUACAGAACAUGCCUGGCUUUAAGGGAUUAAUGCUGGAUCUCAAGUACGGCAACUCAGAGCCGCGGCUUCUGGGGAGCCAGGGUGUCCAGUUAGAAGCAGAGGGACCCUGUGGUGAGCGUCCCUGUGAAAAUGGUGGGAUCUGCUUCCUCUUGGAUGGCCAUCCCACCUGUGACUGUUCCACCACUGGCUAUGGCGGCACACUCUGCUCAGAAGAUGUCAGUCAAGGUCCAGGCCUUUCCCACCUUAUGAUGAGUGAACAAGCUCGAGAGGAGAACGUGGCCACUUUCCGAGGCUCAGAGUACCUGUGCUAUGACCUGUCUCAGAACCCCAUCCAGAGCAGCAGUGACGAAAUCACCCUCUCCUUUAAGACCUGGCAACGCAAUGGGCUCAUUCUACAUACGGGCAAGUCGGCCGACUAUGUUAACCUAGCUCUGAAGGAUGGCGCGGUCUCCUUGGUCAUUAACCUGGGGUCCGGGGCCUUUGAGGCUAUUGUGGAGCCCGUGAACGGGAAAUUCAACGACAACGCCUGGCAUGAUGUCAAAGUGACACGCAAUCUCCGGCAGGUGACAAUCUCUGUGGAUGGUAUCCUUACCACGACGGGUUACACUCAAGAGGACUACACCAUGCUGGGCUCAGAUGACUUCUUCUAUGUUGGCGGAAGCCCAAGCACCGCAGACUUGCCAGGCUCCCCUGUGAGCAACAACUUCAUGGGCUGCCUGAAAGAGGUUGUUUAUAAGAAUAAUGACAUCCGUCUGGAGCUGUCUCGCUUGGCCCGGAUUGGGGACACCAAGAUGAAAAUCUACGGGGAAGUUGUGUUCAAAUGUGAGAAUGUGGCCACGCUGGACCCCAUCAACUUUGAGACCCCAGAGGCUUACAUCAGCUUGCCCAAGUGGAACACCAAACGUAUGGGCUCCAUCUCCUUUGACUUUCGCACCACUGAGCCCAAUGGCCUGAUCCUCUUCACUCAUGGGAAGCCCCAAGAAAGGAAAGACGUCCGGAGCCAAAAGAACACAAAAGUUGACUUCUUUGCUGUGGAGCUUCUUGAUGGCAACCUGUAUUUGCUACUUGACAUGGGCUCAGGCACCAUCAAAGUGAAGGCCACUCAGAAGAAAGCCAAUGAUGGGGAAUGGUACCAUGUGGACAUUCAGCGGGAUGGCAGAUCAGGUACCAUAUCUGUGAACAGCAGGCGCACGCCGUUCACCGCCAGUGGUGAGAGUGAAAUCUUGGACCUGGAGGGCGACAUGUAUCUGGGCGGGCUGCCAGAGAACCGAGCUGGCCUUAUUCUGCCCACGGAACUCUGGACUGCCAUGCUCAACUAUGGCUAUGUGGGCUGCAUCCGUGACCUAUUCAUUGACGGGCGCAGCAAGAACAUCCGGCAGCUGGCGGAAAUGCAGAAUGCGGCAGGCGUCAAGUCUUCCUGUUCACGAAUGAGCGCCAAGCAGUGUGACAGCUACCCCUGCAAGAACAAUGCGGUGUGCAAGGACGGCUGGAACCGCUUCAUUUGCGAUUGCACUGGCACUGGCUACUGGGGAAGAACCUGUGAAAGAGAGGCAUCCAUCCUAAGCUAUGACGGCAGUAUGUACAUGAAGGUCAUCAUGCCCAUGGUGAUGCACACAGAAGCAGAGGAUGUGUCUUUCCGCUUCAUGUCACAACGAGCCUAUGGGCUGCUGGUAGCCACUACCUCCAGGGACUCUGCAGAUACACUGCGUCUAGAGUUGGAUGGUGGGCGUGUCAAGCUCAUGGUGAACUUAGACUGUAUCAGGAUAAACUGUAACUCCAGCAAAGGACCUGAGACCCUGUACGCAGGUCAGAAGCUCAAUGACAAUGAGUGGCACACCGUCCGGGUGGUGCGCAGAGGAAAAAGCCUUAAGCUGACAGUGGAUGAUGACGUGGCCGAGGGUACGAUGGUGGGAGACCACACCCGCCUGGAGUUCCACAAUAUUGAGACUGGUAUCAUGACGGAGAAGCGCUACAUCUCUGUGGUCCCUUCCAGCUUCAUUGGCCAUCUUCAGAGCCUCAUGUUCAAUGGCUUGCUCUACAUAGAUUUGUGCAAAAAUGGGGACAUUGACUACUGUGAACUGAAGGCUCGGUUUGGGCUGAGGAACAUCAUCGCUGACCCUGUGACUUUCAAGACCAAGAGCAGCUACUUGACCCUCGCCACCCUCCAGGCCUAUACCUCCAUGCACCUCUUUUUCCAGUUCAAGACCACAUCAGCUGACGGCUUCAUUCUUUUCAAUAGUGGCGAUGGCAAUGAUUUCAUUGCAGUUGAGCUGGUCAAGGGGUACAUACACUAUGUGUUUGAUCUUGGCAAUGGUCCCAAUGUGAUCAAAGGCAACAGUGACCGCCCCCUGAAUGACAACCAGUGGCACAAUGUUGUCAUCACUCGGGACAACAGCAAUACCCACAGCCUGAAAGUCGACACCAAGGUAGUCACUCAGGUCAUCAAUGGUGCCAAAAAUCUGGAUUUGAAAGGUGAUCUCUACAUGGCUGGCUUAGCUCAGGGCAUGUACAGCAACCUUCCGAAGCUUGUGGCCUCCCGGGAUGGAUUUCAGGGCUGUCUGGCCUCUGUAGACUUGAACGGGCGCCUGCCUGAUCUCAUCAAUGAUGCUCUCCACAAGAGUGGGCAGAUCGAGCGAGGCUGUGAAGGACCCAGUACAACGUGUCAGGAGGAUUCAUGUGCCAACCAAGGAGUUUGCAUGCAGCAAUGGGAAGGCUUCACCUGUGACUGCUCGAUGACAUCAUAUUCGGGAAACCAGUGCAAUGACCCUGGUGCCACAUACAUCUUUGGGAAAAGCGGUGGCCUCAUCCUCUACACCUGGCCAGCAAAUGACAGACCCAGCACACGCUCUGACCGCCUGGCUGUGGGCUUCAGCACCACUGUGAAGGAUGGCAUCUUGGUGCGCAUUGACAGUGCCCCGGGACUUGGAGACUUCCUCCAGCUUCACAUAGAACAAGGGAAAAUUGGAGUUGUCUUCAAUAUCGGCACCGUGGACAUCUCCAUCAAAGAAGAGAGGACCCCUGUCAAUGACGGCAAAUACCACGUGGUGCGCUUUACCAGAAAUGGCGGCAAUGCCACACUUCAGGUGGACAACUGGCCAGUGAAUGAACAUUAUCCUACAGGCAACACUGAUAAUGAACGCCUCCAAAUGGUAAAACAGAAAAUCCCCUUCAAAUAUAACCGGCCCGUAGAGGAGUGGCUGCAGGAAAAAGGCCGGCAGUUAACCAUCUUCAACACCCAGGCUCAAAUAGCCAUUGGAGGAAAGGACAAAGGACGCCUCUUCCAAGGCCAACUCUCUGGGCUCUAUUAUGAUGGUUUGAAAGUACUGAACAUGGCCGCUGAGAACAACCCUAAUAUUAGAAUCAAUGGAAGUGUUCGGCUAGUGGGAGAAGUCCCAUCAGUCUCGGGAACAACACAGACGACCUCCAUGCCCCCUGAAAUGUCUACCACUGUCAUGGAAACCACCACCACUAUGGCUACCACCACCACCCGCAAGAAUCGCUCUACAGCCAGCAUUCAGCCAACAUCAGAUGACCUUGUUUCAUCUGCUGAAUGUUCAAGUGAUGACGAAGACUUUGUCGAGUGUGAACCGAGUACAGAUAAGAGUCUUUCCACUUCAAUCUUCGAAGGUGGCUACAAAGCACAUGCGCCCAAGUGGGAAUCCAAGGACUUUAGACCUAACAAAGUCUCGGAAACUAGUAGAACUACAACCACAUCUUUGUCCCCUGAGCUGAUCCGCUUCACAGCGUCCUCCUCGUCUGGGAUGGUGCCCAAAUUGCCAGCUGGCAAAAUGAAUAACCGUGAUCUCAAACCCCAGCCUGAUAUAGUCUUGCUUCCGUUGCCCACUGCCUAUGAGCUAGACAGCACCAAACUGAAGAACCCACUAAUCACUUCCCCCAUGUUCCGUAAUGUGCCCACAGCAAACCCCACGGAGCCAGGAAUCAGACGGGUUCCGGGGGCCUCAGAGGUGAUCCGGGAGUCCAGCAGUACAACAGGGAUGGUCGUCGGCAUUGUGGCUGCUGCCGCCCUCUGCAUCUUGAUCCUCCUGUACGCCAUGUACAAGUACAGGAACAGGGACGAGGGGUCCUAUCAAGUGGACGAGACGAGGAACUACAUCAGCAACUCGGCCCAGAGCAACGGCACGCUCAUGAAGGAGAAGCAAGCCAGCUCCAAGAGCGGCCAUAAGAAACAGAAAAACAAAGACAAGGAGUAUUAUGUGUAA